AUGUUCCGGACCUUCACGAAGCUUCGGGAUGCAGCGGUGCCGCUCGCCGCCUCGGCGGUACGGCGGUGCUCCGGCGGCAGCGGCAGCAGCCGGAUCCGGGCCGAGGCCAACUGCCCGCGCUGCGACGCCCACAUGUCGGUCCAAUUCUCCCUCCAGCAGCUCCCGGCGCCCCCUCCGGCCGCUGCCGGGGCCAUAGAUGGUGCCCAGCACCACAACCACGACGGGGCGGGCGUGUGCCCGGCCUGCCGGGGCGCGUUCCUGUUCCGCGCCCAGCGGAUCGACCCGCUGCGGGGCGCGUUCCUCGAGAUCCCCGGCGGCGUCGGGGCCGACGACGAGGACGCGGAGAGCGGAGGAUUCGCCGAUCGGAUCAAGAUGAUGUUAUCGGAGCGCCCGCCCGACGAGUUCCCCCCGUUGCCGCAGUCGCCCCCGAUGCAGAUGCCGCGGUAUCCGGUGCGACGGAAGCUGCGGAGGAGACAGAGGGAGGAAGGAGGAGGAGGCGGUGGCGGUAACGGUAACGGCGGGGACUCGUCCUCGGGAGGGGAGGGCACUAGCGCUUCGCCUAAGAGGGAGUGGUGGGGUGGAGCCAGCCUCGGCGAUGAGCUGCCAACCCCUCGGGAGAUGUGCCGGAGGCUUGAUGAGUUCGUCAUCGGCCAGGCCAAGGCAAAAAAGGUGCUAUCUGUAGCUGUAUACAACCAUUACAAGAGAAUAUAUAAUGCAAAUGUACAGAAAGAAUCUGCUGCUAAUUCUGGGCUUCCUGACGCUGGACAUGAUGAUCAAAAUAUUGUAGAAAUAGAUAAAAGCAAUGUACUCCUAAUGGGCCCAACUGGCUCAGGAAAAACAUUGCUUGCAAAAACAUUAGCACGCAUUGUAAAUGUACCAUUCGUUAUAGCUGAUGCAACAUCAUUAACGCAGGCUGGAUAUGUAGGGGAGGAUGUAGAGUCGAUACUGCAGAAAUUACUUGUGGCUGCUGAGUAUAAUGUUCAGGCUGCACAACAAGGGAUAGUGUACAUAGAUGAAAUAGAUAAAAUAACAAAGAAGGCAGAGAGUGCAAAUGUUAGUAGAGAUGUAUCUGGAGAAGGUGUUCAACAAGCAUUGUUGAAAAUCCUAGAAGGAACUGUUGUCAGUAUUCCUGAGAAAGGAUCACGCAAGAAUUCUCGCAAUGAUAGUAUACAGAUAGACACGACAGAUAUUCUUUUUAUAUGUGGUGGUGCUUUUGUGGACUUGGAAAAGACUAUUUCUGAAAGGCGCCAAGAUUCAUCUAUAGGAUUUGGGGCACCCGUUCGUACAAACAUGAGAAGUUCUGGAGCUAGCUGUCCAAUGGUUACCUCAUCUUUGUUAGAAUCUGUUGAGAGUGGUGAUCUUGUUAGAUAUGGUCUAAUUCCAGAGUUCAUUGGUCGUUUGCCCAUUCUAGUAAGUUUGGCAGCUCUGAAUGAAGGUCAGCUCGUUCAGGUUCUGACAGAACCGAAGAAUUCACUUUCCAAACAAUACAGGAAAAUGUUUAACCUGAACAAAGUUAGGCUGCACUUCACUGACGGUGCACUUAGAUUGGUAGCUAAGAAGGCGAUAGCUAAAAGCACUGGUGCUCGUGGUUUAAGAGCCAUCUUGGAAACUGUUCUAUUGGAGGCCAUGUAUGAGAUUCCAGAUGAAAAAUCAGGAAAUGAGCGAGUAGACGCUGUUGUGGUGGAUGAGGAGGCGAUUGGUUCUGUUGAUAGGCCAGGUUGUGGGGCUAAAAUUCUACGAGGGGAUGGUGCAUUGGACCACUACAUAACAAGAACAAAUGUGAUGAAUUUACGGGUUGUCAGUAUUCCUGAGAAAGGAUCACGCAAGAAUUCUCGCAAUGAUAGUAUACAGAUAGACACGACAGAUAUUCUUUUUAUAUGUGGUGGUGCUUUUGUGGACUUGGAAAAGACUAUUUCUGAAAGGCGCCAAGAUUCAUCUAUAGGAUUUGGGGCACCCGUUCGUACAAACAUGAGAAGUUCUGGAGCUAGCUGUCCAAUGGUUACCUCAUCUUUGUUAGAAUCUGUUGAGAGUGGUGAUCUUGUUAGAUAUGGUCUAAUUCCAGAGUUCAUUGGUCGUUUGCCCAUUCUAGUAAGUUUGGCAGCUCUGAAUGAAGGUCAGCUCGUUCAGGUUCUGACAGAACCGAAGAAUUCACUUUCCAAACAAUACAGGAAAAUGUUUAACCUGAACAAAGUUAGGCUGCACUUCACUGACGGUGCACUUAGAUUGGUAGCUAAGAAGGCGAUAGCUAAAAGCACUGGUGCUCGUGGUUUAAGAGCCAUCUUGGAAACUGUUCUAUUGGAGGCCAUGUAUGAGAUUCCAGAUGAAAAAUCAGGAAAUGAGCGAGUAGACGCUGUUGUGGUGGAUGAGGAGGCGAUUGGUUCUGUUGAUAGGCCAGGUUGUGGGGCUAAAAUUCUACGAGGGGAUGGUGCAUUGGACCACUACAUAACAAGAACAAAUGUGAUGAAUUUACGGGAAACUAACGAUGGUUUGGCCGCGGAGCUCGAGGAAGCGUACAUGCUGUCUAGAAUUGUUAGCUUGUAA